ACUGAAGGGGAUGCGUCGAGAUGGACUAGAAACGAGGGUUGCCAUAGGCCAUAUUUUACAGGUCGUUUCAGCGGUUAUCCUACACACAGCAAUUUCCUAAAGCUGCACCUACUCGAAAGGCGCUUCCCGGCGACCAAUCAGCCGCGAAAGAACAUCUGGAAUCGCACCUUCCUUUGUCGCAUUUCUCCCUGUUUGGUUUCCAAGGACUCGCGAUCGCAGUCGCCGAAUUUUGGCAAAUGUUCCGGUUCCUCCGUUCAAACGUCACGGCGUCCCCUCGCACGGGAUAAAUCCCCAGGUCCACAUUUGGAAUCCCAGUUGAAAAAGUCCCCAGGGUCAGCGGCCACGAGCGAUCGGGCGAGUCGUGCGAGUGGCCUUCGUUCGGUCGCCGCGACGCGUAUCAUGCGAAGAGGCUUGAUACGUUACGACGAACAUUUAGAUUCCUCCACGUCCACUCAAGAAGACUCUUGCUUGUCCUCAGAACUCGACCUACUAAACCCAAGAGUACCGGGACCAGCUCAUCCUGACUCAUCGCGACGGUCGGCGUCGCAUCCACGUGAGGACUCGCCCAGUCUUCUCGACUACGGGAGAAAGCCGAGAGCUCCAGGUGCGUCCGUGGCUCCCGACACUGUCGGGACAAAAUUACUGACGGUCAGAAAGAGUGCUGCCAGCAAAAUUACGUCGGGACGAGGAAUCAGCACGAGUCUCCAGUGCCUGCCAGUGAAGGGUCAUCCACAUAAGUAUGAGCACCAAGUAACUUUUGCCGACUCGAGGUACUCCAGUGGCGAAGGGCCGACUGGCAAAGCCGACAACAAACUUCGGAGAGGCAAGGGGACGCCCCGCAUUAUUAAAGCGAUACGUCACCACGCCAGGAAGCACAUCAACGGUUCGGAGAUACGAGAGGACCAAUCAGCAUCCUCGAUUUAUCCACGGGAAGAGAACAGCAAGAGCAGCGUGGUCGUUCUGUAUCACGGAAAAUCCCCGACGCCUCCUAGAUCGCCUAGAUCUCCUAGAUCCCUUGUACGCAGCUCCAAGUCGGAGGAUACGCUCUGUCCUAAGAUCUGCUCCUCGGGAUAUCCCGAUAGAGAUCAGUCCACCAGAAAACUCCAGUAUCUUCCGUCCCCGAGGACGUCGUUACGACGGAAGAGGGUGCGAAGAUAUCGUCAAGGAGGCAGAAGACAAGAGACGGAAAACGCGAGCGGCGUUCGAGAGAGUAAACUGGUCCAGUUGGCACAGAGAGAUCAGUGGCGAGUCGAGAGGCAGGAAGUACCCCUGGGAGCGCAUGAGGGUUCAUCCAGAAGAGGCAGGUCCAGCUCCCAAACGGUCCAGCAGUCUCAGAGAGGAACCUACGGGAUCUUAAGGACCAGAAGGACUGUCAAGGAGCAAUGCGGUCCAUCUGAUCCUUUGGCUUUUGGCUCGAGGCAAAUGGCUCAUCGUUUGAGUCUGCCGAGAGAAGAAUUUAUAAAUCGGGAUCAUUAUCCUGCCGGUGGAUUAGGCACUCUGAUGCAGCAGGCGCAGAUGCACCCUGGAGAAAAUAAUACAGAGGAAAACAAGAGAGUCUUUCCGUUUCAGGCGACGCCCAGCGGAAACUUGAAGAUCAUUCCGAAUCAGGUCGUUUUUGAGUCCAAGAAGGUCAGUGUCCUAGUGGCUGACCCUAGACACGCCAAGGUCGACGUUAAGGCCGAAUUGAGUAGGCCUACUAUAGACCUUCCACCUUCGCUCAGUAGUUCGAUUACGAGUCAAGCACAGGCGCAACAGAAAUUCUCACGCUCCGAUAACGAGCACAGAAUCAAAACUCAACCUCACAGAAGCAAAACGCAUCAGAAAGAAGCCAUGGACCAAAAGCAGACUGUGCAUUCGUCAUCGAGUGUCAAGACGUCGUCUUAUACCGAAGUUCCCUUAUCCUCGCUAGGAUUCACUGGAGAACAGCCAAUAGACUGGGAGAAUAUUAUUCUUCCAGAGAAGACAAAUCUUUACCAGGAACUUGCCAGGCGUAUUACAAACUAUAUGAACGCUGAUUGCAUAGUACGUCUAGGCCAGGAUGAGUUUCACUGUCAUCUUCUCGUAUUGCAGAGCUACAGUAGCUACUUCGAUAAAAGAAACGACAAGGAGGUGGACCUGACGGAGAGCAGCGUAACGUCCAAGGCCUUCUCGAUUAUCUACGAUUGGAUGAUCAGCGCUAACAACGACGGCUGCCAUUUGCUGAGACGCGAUAACAUCCUCGAGAUAUUUACUGCUGCUCAAUAUCUUGGAAUUAAAGAGCUUGAGGAACAAUGCUGGGCUUUUAUCGAUAACGACGAACUCUUUUCCGAGGACACGGCCUUCUUGCUUUACCUGGAAGCACGAAAAAUUGGCAACACCGCAGUCAUGCAGCUUAUGGUACCCAGAAUCAUGAAAUUCUUCCUGAUGCUCGUCAGCACUAAGGAUUUUCUUGAUUUGGACGUGGAUGAACUUUGCCUCUUGUUACGUUCUAAUUAUAUUUGCGUGAAUAGCGAAAUGGAAGUACUCAUGUCCGCAGUCAGAUGGCUGAUGCACGAUUGGGAUAACAAAAGGCAACAUAUGUUAGAAGUACUGAAAUGCGUCCGUUUCGGCUUAAUAGCGCCUUGGCAGUUAGUUGACGUCAAGAGAAAUCCCGAAAAUCCAGAAUUCAUGGAACUCAUGUCCUACCCAGAGAUACAGAAGAUGGUGGACGACGGUUUGGCAUUUGUUAUAAUCAAAUAUUGGUACGGAAAUCAGUCCCAGGAUUAUUAUCGAUGGAUCGAUCUGUUGGGUCUGACGGAACCUACGAACCGGAACUGGGCCGGAGAAGACAAGAAUUACGUGACCUAUCGAGAAUUUCUUGUGUACCUUGAGGACUACCAGAAAACGAAGAUAUCGGAAUUAAAGUCUCGUAAAACAAGGGUGAGACCAACCCCUCCAAAUUCACCCCCCAAGGAUUCCCCAUCGCCAGUCACCAGGACGAGGGUGGUUAAUUCACAAAGUCCCAGUGGACUAAAUAUUUCAGGCCAAGGGGGUGACGCGCCGAACCACCCCUCGCGAACCUUCAGGAACAACGGGCGGAUGCCAGCCUUUCCUGCAAGUGGACCAGGGGGUGCGAUGAUGUCACCAGAAAUUUUGAAUCACUAUCUGAGCAGUUUGGAUAGGAAUAGCAAAGGGAAUAACAGUAAAAUUCUCAAGGUAAGCCACGUGCCUCAGGUGAAUAACAAAGCCGAAUUCAAUUGCCAAACGGAGGCAAACGAGCUGAACAACGUGAAAGCGAAUUUCCACGGCGACGGUGAGACCUUGAUAAAUUCGAGUUACAAUUCGGUGAAUCCAGGAGGAGCAAGUCAGGAGUCACGCAAUCAGGAAGAUCGUUCACGGGAAUUGACCACGGAAAAGGAGAUACCACGUGAUGCUCAACGUCAUCACCAGGAACUAAGAAACGCGCUGCUUCCCUUGAAAAAGUAUCCUAGAAAAUAUCCAAAAAUUGUAGGACACCCUGUAGACGAGCCGGGAGCUUGCAAAUCGUCUUGCAAAUCGGAAGAGGAAGCUGCGACCAGGAUUCAAAGCUUCUACAGAGGAUUCAAGAUGAGAAGAUCCUCCUCGGAUGAGAAACAAAAGGCCAAAAUGGUAGCGGAACUGCUGUCUGCGCCCGGUGAUCAGGAAGGAUGUCUUCAGAAGCCGAUGGACCCGGUUAGAGUUUCGACGAGUUUCGUGACUUCGGGAAUAACGGAAGUGGAAAGAAUGGAAAACUCCUGGAGUCCAAGAAGGAAGAGACGAGAAUCAUGUGGGGCAGUUGAGAAUUCCGGAAACUGUAGAGAUUACCCUGGUCAGACACAGAGACUCGACCUGCACAAGGACCUCCAAGGACUAAGAUUCGACGUGACUGCGCCUCGACCGACCCCACGUUCCCAGCAGAAUCCACGAACGCAAGGUCCGCCGUUGUUCAAGAGUUCAGCGAACCAGGUCGUUACUGCGAAGCCUCUUGAGACUAUAAAAGUUCCAGCAUUUUCACAUAACUGCGAUGCGAGAUUCAGUUCCGUAUCCGUGUCCGAUAAUACGGAUACGGAUGACUUAUUUUCGCCAAGAAUUCGCGAAAAGUCUUUGGUUGAUCUUCAGAUCAAAGAGACCUACGGAGAUCCCAGUUACCCUAACAAGAAUCUCUAUCGGCCUAAACCCAGAUCCAGAGAAGUUCAUUUUCGCACCGACAAUACGAGUCACGAUAGAUCAUUGGCAGUUCAGCAUCCUAAUCUCGGUACCAAUCUCAACAUGGAUAACCUGGAGAACUCUUUAUUUUUUCGGGAACGAGAGGCUGUGCUCGUCUUCGGUGGUAUUGAUCCUAAUAAAGAAUACGGCUGUACCGGAAAUACCGGAAAAGAUAUGUACAGAUAUAGUCCGAUAAAAAACGAAUGGGAAUUCGUUGGCGAAAUACCAGAACCGAGACAUCAUCAUUCCGUUGCCUAUCUAAAGGGACGCAUCUACUUAGCAGGAGGUGCGGAUCCUCGAGAUAGUGAGAAUGACAAAAGAAGUCUGGUGAUGGAUACUGUUUGGAGUUACGAUCCAAUUACCAGAUGCUGGUUCAGUGAACCUGAUAUGCUGACACCGAGAAAAAACUUUGGUCUUGUCGUGAGUCAUGAAAAAAUAUAUGCGAUUGGUGGACAAGACAGGAAUGGAAUCGCAUUGAAGACUGUGGAAGUGUUCGAUCCAAACGAAUCAAAGUGGCAAGAAGUGCAACCCAUGCAGACGGCCAGAGUUGGUUUGGCUAGUGCGAAGUAUCAGGAUUUAAUCUGGGUUGCUGGAGGAAUGACCAGGUCGAAAAAAGAGCCCCUAUUGCGAGAAGUGGAGUGUUACGAUCCUCCAAAAAAUCUGUGGCGAAAGGCUGAACCUCUGAGAGCAUCGACGUGUUUCGCGUCUCUUUACGUUCUGGCGAAACGCCUCUACUUGAUCGGCGGUGCUGGGAACGCUCGUUCGUCAUUUGGAAACGAGAAUUUUACGGAAAGUAUGAAUAACAUCGAUAUGUGGGAUCCGAGUUUGUGCCUGUGGCGCCAGCAGGCGAAAAUUUCGUUCGCGAGACAUGGACACAAUGUGGCGUCGAUAGGAGACCGGCUAAUGAUUAUAGGAGGAGUAUCCACUAUUUAUACGAGAACUUUGAAAAGUGUCGAAUGUUACUCUUGCGAGUUGGAUACGUGGCAUCAGAAUGUGUCAGACUUACCUUACGCCGUUUCAGGACACAGCACCGUCUCGUUACCUGCAGCAAAUACAUUAACCGAUUGUUAAAGUAAAUGUUUUAAAGUGUCGGAAUGUGCUAAUUGUCCCCUGCAUAGUUUCCGACCCGACAAAUCAUAUUUUCGUCAUUAAACGUCACAUGCCCCGCGUCAAUUUAAUGUCAAAGUCUACUCUAGAUAAUUGUACGAA